GAUGUAUUAUCGCUAUUGGAACGCUUCCAUUCUCGAGUAAUAGUUCGACCGUUUUUUCCUUCCGCAUUUGCUUUUACCCAGCCGUGAGUGACAAUUGUUGAAAGUUGCCGCAAACUAUUAAAAGAAAAUACUAAUCUUUAGUGUAGACAAAUCUCUCUGAAGAGAUUUGUUAGAAAAUUGGAAAAAGAUAAAUCUUGUUUUGAUGACAAGACGACAGCGUCUUUUCUGGUGGCGAGGAAACACCGAAGAGAUCUGAAGAUUUUCGCAUCGAUUAUAUCUUUACGAAAAAUCACGCGAUUUAAAAUGAGCAAAGAGAACAGCAGCAGCGAGGACGCAGCAGCUGUUGCCGCGUCAGACGCUCCAGCAAACACGCGGCCGAAAGAUCCAAACGCGGAUAUGUACGAAAAUCGGCCAAAGAAAAUCAUCCGCGUAGUCACCGUAAUAGCGUAUCUAUUCUCGGUGAGUUUCGCGGCGAUUCUCCUGAGCACGUAUUAUAUCUUCCUGUGGGAGCCGCCAAAUCCGAGGCUGAUCGAACGGGAACGUCUGCGAGCUGAUCCGGAGAUGCAGUUUUUAUUCGCCGACGCACCGUCUUCUUUAGAGAAGAAAGGCAAUCUCGAGCUCGAUCGUGAUUACAUGCCUUUUCAGAGUCGCGUAACCGAUUACGUUGACGAUCCUGAUGAGAAGCAGAUAAAGUUAAACACGAUGCUGAUAAAACUCAGAUAUUCGCUCGUGGAGAUUAUGCGCGCUCAUAACGGCAGCCGGUCGCUCGAACCUACAAUUUCCGACGAUCUGUUUGUCAUGGUAAAAGAAAUGCUUAACUCAACAAAGAAGAGUCACGAAAACAACUCGAUGCCAAAAUACGAUAAAAACAUUGCCAAAGAAAAGACUCAAAGUGUCAGUAACGUUGAUUUGCCUCUGAAAUCCGAGAAGUCUAUGAAUAUAAAUGUAGAGAAAUAUUUGCGAAAUCGCACGAGUCGUUUCUUGUCUACAAACGUCGAUAAUUUCCGACAGAAUCACUCGUUCGGUAUGAACUAUUUCAACAACAAUAAUAACAGGAAUAAUACUUUGAACAACCAGAUGGAGAGGAUCAUUGCACGCAGUGGAGUAUCGAUAGAGUCAUCAUUGCCUCGCAGUUCAAAAUUUGCCGACAAUCCAGAACUCCAUCAUUAUUCGUUGAAUAAUUCUCCCGCCGUAAAGCCGUGGCUAUACACGAUGAAUUCGGAAGGUGAGGGGAAAAUCUGUGAGCGGAUUUGCCAGCUUUUAUUACGACACGAGGAUAAACACGGUCGUGCAUGAGACGUGCUUCUGUAAUUAUACAAUGGCGGUUUGCGUCAUGUCUUUUUGUCGCAAUCGUGAUACUUUCUAUGCGUCGAUGCCCUAGCUUUUCUUAACAAUCAUAAUCGCACAUGUCAAGAUUAAACUGAAAAAAUGGUAAAAAUUCAAAUUAUACUGAUCGACAAAAUAUGACCUUUCUUCAGGUUACGAAAUACUAUCAUGAUUUCUAGUAAAUUUUUUAGCGCUGAUUACGAAUCUGGCCGUAAAAGUUGCUUGGUAGGUCAGGAUUUUGAAAAAAUCGCAAAUAUAUAUGCAAAAAAUGC